AUGCACCCGCGCCGAUGUUUGCACAAGAAGCUCACUCUGUGCUCUGGCUCUGUGCUCUGGCUCUGGCUCUGGCUCUGGCUCUGGCUCUGGCUCUGGCUCUGGCUCUGGCUCUGGCUCUGGCUCUGGCUCUGGCUCUGGCUCUGGCUCUGGCUCUGGCUCUGGCUCUGGCUCUGGCUCUGGCUCUGGCUCUGGCUCUGGCUCUGGCUCUGGCUCUGGCUCUGGCUCUGGCUCUGGCUCUGGCUCUGGCUCUGGCUCUGGCUCUGGCUCUGGCUCUGGCUCUGGCUCUGGCUCUGGCUCUGGCUCUGGCUCUGGCUCUGGCUCUGGCUCUGGCUCUGGCUCUGGCUCUGGCUCUGGCUCUGGCUCUGGCUCUGGCUCUGGCUCUGGCUCUGGCUCUGGCUCUGGCUCUGGCUCUGGCUCUGGCUCUGGCUCUGGCUCUGGCUCUGGCUCUGGCUCUGGCUCUGGCUCUGGCUCUGGCUCUGGCUCUGGCUCUGGCUCUGGCUCUGGCUCUGGCUCUGGCUCUGGCUCUGGCUCUGGCUCUGGCUCUGGCUCUGGCUCUGGCUCUGGCUCUGGCUCUGGCUCUGGCUCUGGCUCUAG